AUGAAGGUCUACUACGAGGUUAUCACAACGCCGACCGCCGACACGCCCGGCACGGCCCUCUCUCUGCACUACCCCGAUAAACGAUAUUUCUUUGGUCAACUAUCAGAGGGCACACAACGCGCAUGCACGGAACGUGGAGUCAAGAUCGCCUCUUUGAGUGAUGUCUUUAUCACGGGACGGACAGAGUGGGCAAACACAGGUGGCUUGAUUGGAAUCAUCCUGACUCUUGCGGAUGCCAUUGCAUCUGGCAAUGCGGCCGUUGAGGAGGAAAACCGUAAAAAGGCCACUCGACGAGCGGCUAACCAAUCCCUGAAAAAUACAGACGGCCUUUCGGCCCCUAUAGCGGAAGAUGUGGUCAUUGACAAAAGUCAUUUGACAAUUCAUGGUACAACAAAUCUAACUCACACUUUGGCCACUGCUCGACGAUUUGUGUUUAGAAAGGGGACCCCCGUUUAUACGAAGGAGUAUGACACCGAUUCAGUUGCAAAGCAGGCCCGUAAUGGAUUGGAAGAUCCCUUUGAAACGCCUACAUGGUCCGACGCGAACAUCAAGGUUUGGGCACUGCCACUCAAGCCUGGCUCGCCAACUACUACCUUUGAUAUGCCUCCCCAAGCACGACCGAAAAGUCCACGGAAGCGGAGCUUGGAUGAAUUUCAAGAGUCUGGCCAACCUAGAACAGGCCUUGACCAGCGUGUUGCUGAUACCAUGGUGCGACAGUCGGUUGUAACGGAUAUGUUCAAUUCGACCUGGAAGAUGGAUGCACUCAUUGAGACUCCACUAGCGGAGGUAAAGAUGCCCGCGGCGAUGUUUGUGCGCAAUCCCGAGACAAAGGACUUGGAGCCCUACAAUGGCCCGAAGCCUGGCGAGGAUUUGCCGUUACCUGAUAUCAGAGUACUGGUCCGGCAGCCCUGGCCGGGAGCGAAGGUAGAAAGCUUGCCAGCCACCUCCCCCUCAAAUGAUGCGCUCUGCUACAUUGUUCGUAACCAUGAUAUCCGCGGUAAAUUUGAGCGGCUUAAGGCGGAGGCGCUGCGAGUUCCUAAGGGACCCUCUUACGCUGCCUUGACAAGGGGAGAAAGCGUGCAGUCAGAGGAUGGUAAAACGAUCACUCCGGAUAUGGUCCUGGGCCCGAACCGUCUAGGCAAAGGUCUUGCCAUCAUGGAUGUACCGUCAGUUGACUACGUGGAGUCUUUGGUAAAUCGACCGGAGUGGAAAUCUCCUGCAGUCACCACUGAACUUCAAUCGUUUAUUUGGAUACUGGGUCCUGGAGUGGGUGAUCACCCCAAGCUCCGUGAGUUUGUGGCGAGUAUGCCUCACUGUGAGCACACCGUGUCUAGCACAGACUAUUGUCCAAACUACUUGGCUCUUGCAAGCACCGGCGAAGCUGCUAUUCGAUUGGCUAGACUGAAGGGUGAUAGCUACUCUAUUCCUGUCCACGACAACGUGACUCUCCCACAGCAGCGGGCUUUCAUUCCCAAGCCUGCCUCUGCCCCUACUGAACUUCAAAAUUCUCCUUUCCAGCGCCUUGAACCUGGACUUGUCAUUGAUAUGGAGCCAGAAUUCAAAUUUAACAGAGAAGCGAUCAUUCCUCACGUGAAUACAGCCAAGACAAUUUUUCAGAUCCCCAAGGCCGUUGAGCAACGAAUGUCAGUCAUUCGCAAUCGUGUUGCGAAACCCAAAUUCCAGGAACAUUUAGAAUCUAUUCGAAAAGAUCUCCCUGGCGGAGAUGCUGAGAUUAUUGCGCUUGGCACGGGUUCAUCGUCCCCAUCAAAGUACCGAAAUGUCUCUGCCACUUUGGUGUAUGCUCCUGGCGCAGGCUACUACCUCCUGGACUGUGGUGAGAACACACUGGGCCAACUAGAGCGAGUUUUUACUCCCGAGGAGCUGCGAGAGGUUUUCAAAAAUCUUCGCAUGAUCUGGAUCAGUCACUUGCAUGCUGACCACCACCUGGGUACCGCCUCUGUUAUCAGGGCAUGGUACCAUGUGAAUUAUGGGCCUAACGCCAAACCUUCAAGCAACCCUGAAACAGACUUGGCUAAAAUAAUGCAAGAAAAACGCCUAUUCUUAGCUUCCGAUGAAAUGAUGAUCACCUGGUUGGAGGAGUACGCUUCAGUUGAGAAUUUCGGCUUUGAUAAGGUGCUUCCUCUCAGCGCUCAUCCUGAAGUAUCUGAAGACUCCAUCACUACAAAGUUUUCAUACAGACAUGCUCAGCAUGGCGGACCACCAUUCGGCCGGGAUGCGCCUGGCAAAACAAUCCUCGAUUUUAACGAUAAUUCGUCACCUCUUACACCUCUUCUCAAGUCAUCUACUGGGCUGAGUGACCUCUUGACCACCCACGUGAAGCAUUGCCGUGGUGCACUUGCCAUGUCCCUUGUAUUCCCCGAUGGGUUCAAGGUCUCAUACUCCGGUGAUUGCAGACCGUCGGAUAAGUUUGCUUCCAUUGGUCAAGGUUCCACAGUCCUCAUUCACGAGGCUACCUUCCAGGAUGACAUGGUAGGCUCUGCUAUCGCAAAGCGCCAUUCGACUGCUGGCGAGGCUUUGGAGGUUGGCCGCCGAAUGGGUGCUCGCUCCAUUCUACUCACGCAUUUCAGCCAGCGGUACCAAAAGAUUGCCCACGUGGAUCAGCGAGCUGGCACUAUGGCCCAUGAGGAUAUUGCGUCGACCAAGCAGGCUGCGGCCGCUGCAAAGAAAAAGUUGAAUAGCAGCGCGGACAUUCCCUUCGAUGAUCCCUUCGAUGAGCCGGCUGCUCCCGGGUCCGGUGCCAAGCUCCUAGAUGACAUUCGAUUCCCUACAAAAAGUCGUCCUCCUCUCGCUCGCAGCGAGUCUCAGGUGCCUCGUCAGAAUACUCCCGUUGCUGCAGCGAUGGAUUAUAUGCGUAUCAAGGUCCGAGAUCUUGCUCUCGCCCAGGCUUAUGCACCGGCUCUGGAGAAGCUUAUCGAAGUCAUGGAGCGACACUCUGCUGAGAAGUCUGCAUUUUUGAAGCAAAAGGCACAAGAAUUGGAGGAAUCUCGCAAAGCUAAGAACAAAAAGAAGUUCGGCGGCAAGAAGGCCGUAGCAGCAGCAGCUGUGGCUUCUACGGCUGCGGUGAUUGAGGAGGCUGAGGAGCAGAAACCCGAAGGGCAAAAGGCCCCUGCGCACUCUCUAUUUAGUGCCAGUGAAAGUGAAAGUGGAUGGGAGACAAGUGACUAUGAGGGCUAA